AUAAAAAGCAGCUCAGCUCACUCUGCCUCCUCUAGUGACCGGCUGUACACAGGGUCCUUCCGAGGAGCCAUCUCCUCUUCUCCUUCCCGCCAGCCGCCCGGGGGGGCUGCCAGCACUAUGUGGGCCACCCAACUCCUGCCAGCCUUGCUGCUCCAUCAGCUGCUGCUGCUUCCCAUCACCAUCCCUGCGGCAGAGGGUAAAGGAAAAAGGAGAAAUCCUCUUCAUGACUACAAAAAAACUGGAGAGUUGAUGCUCAUUAAGGUCAACAAAACACUGGAAGUAAAAACCAAGCUGUUAAACACCACUGAGCAAUGUGCCAAGAGGUGCAGCAGAAACAAAGGCCUUUCAUUCACUUGCAAGGCCUUUGCUUAUGACAGAGUUACAAAACGGUGCCAUUGGUUAUCCUUCAACAGCUUGACAAAUGGUGUGAGAAAGAAGCAAGACCAUGCAUUUGAUCUGUAUGAGAAGAAGGACUAUGUCAGGAAUUGUAUAAUUGGAAAAGGAGCAGACUACAAAGGAACGAUAUCUGUUACCAAAAGUGGUAUCCAAUGUCAAGCCUGGAAUUCAAUGAUCCCCCAUGAGCACAGCUAUCGGGGUAAAGACCUUCGGGAAAACUACUGUCGCAAUCCCCGAGGGGAAGAAGGAGGGCCAUGGUGUUUCACCACCAGUCCAGAGACACGCCAUGAAGUCUGUGACAUCCCCCUCUGUUCACAAGUUGAAUGCAUGACCUGCAAUGGAGAGAGUUACAGAGGGCCAAUGGAUCACACCGAGUCAGGCAAAGAGUGUCAACGCUGGGAUCUUCAGAGACCACACAAACACAAAUUUCGUCCUGAGAGAUAUCCUGACAAGGGCUUUGAUGAUAAUUACUGCCGCAAUCCUGAUGGCAAGCUGAGACCAUGGUGCUACACUCUUGACCCUAACACCCCGUGGGAGUUCUGUGCAAUUAAAACGUGUGAUGAAAGCAUCAUGAACAGCACGGAUGUGGCAGCUGAGACAUCAACAUGCAUUCAGGGACUGGGCGAAAGUUACCGUGGCACAGUCAACACCAUAUGGAGUGGAAUCCAGUGCCAGCGGUGGGACUCUCAGUUUCCUCACCAGCACAACAUCACUCCUGAGAACUUCAAGUGCAAGGAUUUGAGGGAGAACUACUGCCGAAAUCCAGAUGGAUCUGAAUCGCCCUGGUGUUUUACCACUGACCCAAACAUCCGUAUCGGUUAUUGCUCCCAGAUUCCUAAGUGCGAUGUAUCAAAUGAACAAGAUUGUUAUCGUGGCAAUGGCAAGAAUUACAUGGGGAAUCUAUCCAAGACAAGAUUUGGGCUAACUUGCUCAACAUGGGACAAGAAUAUUGAAGACUUACGUAGGCAUAUACAAAUAUUCAGAGAACCAGAUGUUAGUAAACUGAAGAAAAACUAUUGCCGCAAUCCAGAUGAUGAUUUUCAUGGUCCCUGGUGUUACACAGAUGAUCCUCUUGUUCCCUGGGAUUACUGCCCUAUUUCUCGAUGUGAAGGUGAUACAACUCCUACUGCAACUAGCUUGUAUGAUACUGUCAUUCCUUGUGCCUCAACAAAACAUUUGAGAGUUGUAAAUGGAAUCCCAACACAAACUAACGAAGGAUGGGUGGUUAGUUUGACAUACAGGAAUAAGCAUAUAUGUGGAGGUACUUUGAUAAAAGAAGAGUGGGUUCUAACAGCAAGGCAAUGUUUCCCUUCUCGGUACAAAGAUUUGAAAGACUACAAAGCCUGGCUUGGAGUCCAUAAUAUCAAAGGAAAAGGAGAGGAGAAGCAUAGACAAGUUUUGAAUAUUUCCCAGUUGGUAUAUGGCCCUGCAGGGUCAGAUCUGGUCUUACUAAAACUUAACAGACCUGCCAUAUUGACAAAUUUUGUAGAAAUAAUCCGAUUGCCCAUUUCUGGAUGUACCAUUCCAGAGAAGACCAGUUGCAGCGUUUAUGGAUGGGGAUACACUGGAUUAGUUAACUAUGAUGGCCUUCUCCGGGUAGCAAAUCUGUUUAUUUUGGGAAACGAGAAAUGCAAUCAGUAUCUCAAAGGGAAGAUCACUGUGAAUGAGUCAGAGAUCUGUGCUGUGGCUGAAACUAUUGGUGCUGGGCCUUGUGAGAGAGAUUAUGGUGGUCCUUUGGUUUGUGAACAAAACCGGCUGAAGAUAGUAGUUGGUGUCAUUGUUCCUGGCCGUGGAUGUGCCAUUCGAAAUCGUCCUGGGAUUUUUGUUCGUGUCUCAUAUUAUUCCCGGUGGAUACACAAGAUUAUGAUGACUUACAGAAAACCCUGAAAAACUCAACAACUUCCAUUCAAAGAAAGAUUUUGGACAACAUGGAUUUAAUGUAUAAUGUAAAGAUCAAUAACUUUUAAACUACUUGAUAGUCAAGUUUGUUGAGCUUCUUUUAAUAUUGAUGGGUGUUCUUGGCGUUUUGUCUAUCAGUGUUUUAUAAAUGUUGGAGUGACUUACAGUAUAUGCAAGUAUGGUGACAUAUCUCCUGAAGAUACUUGAAUGGGUAAACAGUUUUGCAAAGAUAUUAUUACUGGAUGAUAAAUGGUUUUGUAGAAAUAGAUCAUAUGACCUCAUGCUGCUCUACAGAUUAUCUUAGAUGGAGAAACAAAUUGCAGUCCUAUUUAACACAUUUUAUUCUUUCUGUCAUCCAUAUAUUUCUCUUCAUAUACGAUAAAAGACAUACUGAGAGAUAUAUGCAUUUGUCAAAGACAGCAUAUGUGAUCAUAUUUCUCUUACGCCCUUAUAAGAGGUCAAAGAUUUCAAUCUUUCAUUAAAAAUAAUCUCUUUAGAAAUUAAUCUUUUAAUUAUUGAUGGACUUUGACAUGCCUGCCAAAAGCAGAGUUCACACAGAAGUCAAUAUCACUUCCUUUUACAAACUGCUUACAGACUCUAGUUCUGCAUGUGGUUCCUUCAAUGUGCACAUGAUCCCCAAAGAACAAUUUCAAAAACCCUUCUGGAAGUGGAAAGAGACACAGAACUGGAUUGAUUAGCAAAGUGAUGAUCAUUUUUUUUAAAAUUAGUCCCUGAAAUAGCUAUGAGUUACAAUGCUGAAGAGAGUAUUCCAUACGGUUUCAAAAAAUAAUCCUGAUUAACUACUGACAGACUUCGAUCAUUAAAAGAAAUUUCAGUCAAAUACACCCAAAUCUUUUGCAACAGACAAGUGCUCAAAAUUCCGUUGAUUCUAGUUAUUUCAUGAAAGCAACUCUGUAUUUACAGCUGGAAAAGAAUAGUUGAAUCUGGCACUUGAUUGAGACACUUAAUAUUUGGAAAAGUAAGUUAUACUUUAAUAGUCUUUCAGAAACUUAAGAUCUUUAAUAAAACCUUACCUAAAUUUGGACAAAAUUAUAUCCUUUAUACAAUUCCUUUCAGGGUAAUAAAAUUAUUGCAGAGUUUCAUGCAGUCAUGUAGGUAACAUGGAAAACAUCACAAAACUUGUGUUUCCUGCCUGCUCUUUGAACCAUCAUUUUACUUUAUGUCAGGGUAAGGGAACAAAUAAUCGACAUCUAUGAAAGCGCUUGUCCUCUUUUAGGUGUUUAGUUGUAUGGCUGGAAUUAUCACGCAAAUGUGGUGUUGUGGGUGGUACUAACUGCCCUGUAAUUUCUGGAAAACGUAAAUCCAGUUCUCUAUUUCACUACUGUACAUGUAAUUGUGUAAGCAGCUGCAGUGUUACUUCACUUGAGACUGUGUAAUUGUAAAUGUUUCCAGUAGCAAAUUGUAUAGUAUAUGUAUCAUAUCUGCCUCUAAGCUGCCAUCAUGGUGUAGACAUAUAAAAGGACAUUUCAUUGAGAAGAUGCAGAGUUGAAUUUUUCACUGGCAGAAAGUGACCACUCUGGGGGAGCUGUCUUGUGAGGCAGUCCUCAUGUUGACUCACCAAAUUAUUUUCUUCAGCAGUGCACUUUGAUUUCAGUGGGACUUGUGUACUCUUACACCUCCUGAUGAACUGGGAUGAGUUUCAGCCCAUGCUUAAGUGGCUUGGCUUGCUGAGAUUUGUGUCAAGAAUCCAGCAGAUUUUACUGGCACGUAGGAAGAAGUCUUUCAGCGAGCAGAGCUUCUGAAAUUCCUCGUGAUGUAAAUAGUCUCUUUGGACAAGAUGCAACUUCUCUGUACAGUGGAUCUGAAGUUGUGGAUGCUAUGCAGAUAGUCUGUUUCAAUCUAUCCUGGCUGCCUCUGAAGGCGUUAUGCUUCUUUUGGGCUCACUUACCAGGCCUAAAGAGGGCAGGAUUUAGCCUGUUGUACUUACAGUUAAUUAUUGCCAUGUAUAUGUACUGUAUUCUAAGUAUAUACUGACCACAUCUUACUGAAAGGAUUAACUUUUUAAGAGAGACUUUUAAAAAACUCCAAGUGAGUUUUGUUUUCUGUCACAAGAAGAAUGUGGAUAAAAUAUAUAAUUCCAUGUUCACUCUUUGUAUUCUAAGAAUUGUUACUUCCUCACUGUAUUAUAUUUGCAGGCAUUUUGUUAUGUCUAUCUAAAAAAUG